AUGGCAGAGCACGCUGCCUCACCAACCGAGGCCUUCCUGUGGUCGGGCUUCGGCCUGUCUCAGCCCUGGCGAAUUCCGCCGCUCGUCACUCCAGAGCCAGCUGCAACGGUUCAAGCGAAUGCAUCGGGAGCACUGCCCCAGACGGGCGCAGUCAAGAGCGUCGCGGUGGGCGGCGAGCACUCUGCGUUCGUCACACUCGACGGCACGCUCUUCACAAUGGGCUCGAACAAGCACGGCCAGCUGGGGCUCGGCGACACCCUCACGCGGACAGAGCCGACCCUUGUGCGCUUUGACGACGAGCAAGACGCAGCUGCAGCAGGCGCGCCCGUCGUCAUCGUCGCCGUCGCGUGCGGCCGCGAUCACACUGUUGCGCUCAGCUCGAGCGGACGCGUCUACGCUUGGGGCGACGCGCAGGACGGCCAGCUCGGGCUGCCUGCCGCCGAUGUUGCAUCCAACGGAUCCAGGCGAAUGCAGCUCCGACCUCGGCGGGUCCGGUUUCAUGCCUGUUCCGCCGACAACAGCCUCAACGCUCAGGAUCCCUUCGCCGGCAGUGCUGGAGGCGAUCCGUCAUUCCUAGACAGCGAACAUGAUCAACAGCAGAUGGACGAACGCAACCGUCCGAUCGGCCAGGUUGGAGCAGAGAUGGACGUUGUCAUUACUCGCAUCGCGUGCGGCAACUCUCACACCGUGGCCGUGAGCGACGAUGGUCGAUGCUUCUCAUGGGGCACCGGCUCGCAGCUAGGCCAUGGAGCUGAUGCUAUCGCCCGAUGCGACACACCGCGUCAGAUUGAGAAAUUUGUCGGAAUUCAAGUUGUUGCCAUUGCUUGCGGCCACCGCCACACCCUCGCCAUUGGCAAGCCGCAGGGCCCGCUCCGCAUUGCCAAUUAUUCAUUUGUAGACGAGCAAUCCACGCCUCGGGCCAUGUACCAUCGUGUGACUGAGGUUUACUCUUGGGGAGAAGGCGAAGCAGGCCAGCUCGGCCACAGUCAAACCACUGACCUCGCUGUUCCCACGCGCAUCGAGAGCCUCCAGAAUUGCGGAAUCCUUCGCCUGGCGGCAGGCGGAGCGCACUCAAUUGCCCUAUCAAACACUGGCGAGGUGUACGCUUGGGGAAACGGCUCACACGGACAGCUUGGACUGCCAGACAACAAGAGUGUGUCGUUUCCGAUGCCUGUUCUUGCACUCCGCGGCAAAAACAUCUUUUCCAUUGCUGCGGGCUCUGUUCAUACUCUGGUUGCCGGCGAGCGCACCAGUAGUAACGAGUGGGAGCUUCACUUUUGUGGCCCUCAACGCAGUCCUCACCUGGAACAAGUUGUUUUGAAGUCGGAGAGCCCCCAACCGGGCACCACGGCCGCAAACACGGCCCACAUGCCUCACUCGCCACGACUGAUUCGGUCCAGCAAGGAGGGUACCCUUCGAGGCGUUGUUUCAGGAUGGGAUAAUUGCGCCUGCGUCGUCGACAUGGCCUCGGGAGACACGUUCGUCAGCAUGCGAGAGUAUCUGCAAGCGGAGCGUACCUAUCUGAAGCGGCUCAACAUUGCCCUCGACGCUUGCUUGAAACCCCUUCAUGCCUCUGGGCUGCUCACCAUGCCAUCUACAUCUGAGAACGCGCACCCGCAAAUACAGCAGCCCUCUCCGACCCCCGCCGGAACUGCCUUGGCACCAUCUGUCUCGAGCCUACGCAACCUCCCCUCUCAGCUCGUCUCGUUGCCAAUGAAUCUCGGUUCUUUCAUAUCAUCCUCGCUCCAUGCAGGCGCUUCCGCUUUUUCUGGCGCAACAGCCGCUGCAUCGUCGUCUCCUGCAGGCCAACUGUCCUCCAACAUUUCGUCAACUCUGACAUCGACGCCGAAGAUGAGCUCUUCCCUGGCCAGCUUGGGGCCCUCCGUUGGUCCGCCUGCCGCAAGCUCAACCCCCACCACGAGCGCAUUCAAUCUCACUCCUUCCGCGUCCAGUGUCGGCACCGAUGCCGCUCAAGACUCCAAGUCGUACUUUGCCUUGUUGACACCUCUCUUUGAGGCGUUUGCGCAUGUGACCGAGCUGACUGCAGUCCUGGUUGAGCGGUUGACCUUUGAGCAGCUGGAUGUGUGGCAGCCUCGGCUUUCCUUCACCCAGCUCUUCUCUCGGAUUGAUCCUUCGCCGUUCGACCUGUACCGGCGCUACAUCCGUAUCAUUUCCAACGUCAUUGCUGUUGAUGUGUUCCAACAAUGCCGGCGCUCGCUUGUCGAGUUUAUCCCCUACCUCGACCAUUGCUUGGCCGACGCCAACGCGCGGUAUUUUGAUGAAAACGACCAGCUGGUCAAGUUGCCAUCGCCAGACCCGCUACGAGAGCUUCUCGAAUUGCCACUCAACCGGUUGUUCUUUUAUGCAACUCUGUCUGGGCGCUUGUCCCAUUUUCGCUCGUCGUCUGCGACGUCGUCGACCCCCUCGGCGUCCCUCAACGCGGUUUCAUCGUUCACAUCGCCGACGGGUACAGCUCUUUCCCAGCUGUUUGCUCAGGGCGCGUCGGCAACAUCGGCUUCUUCCGCGUCCGACUCGCCUCUUCUCACGCCGUCUGCCUCGGUCGUGUCUGUCCUCCACCUUCUUCCUGAUCGACCUCGACGUGCUCCGUUGAACAGUUUGAGUGCAGAGGCGCUCGCUUUGAGGUUUGCCGGCCUCGCAUCGCACUGCUCGCAAUCGCGUUCCGAAGCGGAGCGCGUUCGCCUGUUUUGGGAAGAGUACCCGCAGCUCUACAAGAGUCUGUCCGCGCCUGAUCGGCGUUUGCUGCGUCACAGCAAAACCAAUCCCCUUUCCUUUGCCAAGACGAGCACCCUGGACCUGUCCACCCAUUGGUUUAUCUUGUUUUCCGAUGUUCUGGUCCGCUCCCAAUGGGUCAUCCCAAGCCGCCCCAAUUCCAGCAGCACAUGGACCAUGUCCGUCGCGCCGUUGCUCGUGACGUGGCUCGGCGAUAUUGAAGAUACGCCGUCGCUUCGCAAUGCAUUCCGCAUCAUCACUGCUGACGACUCGUUCACUGUCUUUGCUGCGAAUCCGAAGGACAAGGCGCAGUGGAUGGAGGCCAUCACUGGAGGCAUUGACGGCGCCAUUGCUCGUGCCAACGCCGAGCUUGUGCUCGAAGAGCGAAUUUUGCACGCCGCGGCAUCGCGUAUCCUGCUGGCAGCAACCUCCGAGCAAGAGUCUGAGCAGUCAAUCACAGCGCCGUCGCCCCAGCAGCAGCAGCAGCAGCAGCAGCAGCAGCAGCAGCAGCAGCAACAACAGCAACAACACCUUCGACCAAAGUCGCAAGCGUCGUCGCAAUCGCAUUCGGACUCAAUCUCCAAGGCAGCUUCCCAUAUUUCGUUGGCCGCCUUGUCCACCAUGCUUCCACCUCUUCCCAUGGACAACAUUACGCUGAUGGAGCUUGCUCAGCAGAGCGAGAGUGUGAGCAUCGCGUCAAACACGCCCACCCCGCCGAGCGCAUCAACCCUGUCCCUUUUGGAAGCCCUUGCCCAGCAACCCCCGUCGUCCGAUGCUUCCUCCCAACCAUCGACACAGCAACUUCAAGCGCCGCUCAUGUUCCAUUCCGAGGCAUUCGCCAUGGACGUAGGGAAUAGCUUCUUUUACCCGCACGAUCCCGUGGCGUUGGCGCAACAGCAGCUGCUCGAGCGUGAGCUGGAGCUCCACGCCAACCCGUCGCACCGCAAUGGUGAUUCGAAGCAGCUGGACUCUGCCUCGCUCGACACUGCGUCCGACAUUUUGAGUCGAUUCACUCAGCACUACGCUGGAAAUUCAUCGUCGUACAAUCCUGCCGCCUCCGCCUCCAUGCAACCAGACUUUAUCCGGCUCCGAGACAUGAUGGCGCUCGUGAUUACACACGCCGCUCGCAAAAAGAAAAUUGACGCAACGGCAACAGGCACGUCCUCCCGCUCUGCUGCUCCGAGCACGGUGCCGUUCACUCUGCUGCAUCCAUUGAAUGAUCAGCACCACCGAUUCGCCCAGCACACGUUUAGCAGCAAGACCGGUUACCCCGAUGCGACCUACCGCGGCCAGUGGUUCCAAGGCAAACUGCACGGCCUGGGCGAGAUGGAAUUGCCCGACCAUUCCAUCUACCGCGGCUGGUUUCGCAACCACCAGCGCGAUGGCCUCGGGCAGCUCGUGAGCGCCGACGGGCGCGAGACCUAUGACGGUCAUUGGGCCCAGGGCAAAAUGCACGGCACAGGCACGAGGCUGUACGCGGACGGCUCGCUCUACGAUGGCGAGUGGCGAGCUGGCUUGAGGUCUGGCCACGGCAUGUUUGUCAGCAACACGGGCAAUCGCUUUGUGGGCGGCUGGAAGAGCGACAAGCGCGACGGCUACGGUGUGAGCGAGGAUCUGGAGCGUGAAGAAAAGUUCCUUGGCAUGCACGCUGAAGACUUGCGCUUUGGUGCUGGCAUUUUGGUCACGGGCUCUGGCAGCUUCUUGGAAGGUCGAUGGACGCAAGGCAAGCUGCAAGGCACAGGGUUGUUGUUGACUCCCGGCGAAUCGUCCUGCUUUAUCGGCGAGUUUGCCAACGACAACACGAUCAACGGCAAAGGACGCUUGAUUCUGCCUGGCGACCAUCUGCUGCAAGGCAUGUUCAACGGCAACUGGGCGGAUGGCAUGCGAGUCAACGGCAUGCUGUCCCUUUCCAAGGAAUCGGGGGUGGAUGGCACGCCCUUCACAGCUGGAGCCGCACAAAAUUCGCCUUCGCCCAGCACAAAAGACAAGAAGCAUGACAAGCAGCAGCAGCAGCAGCAACAACAACAACAACAAGCCAUCGCUCAGCAACAGCAACAACAGCAGCAACAACAGCAACAACUGGCGCUUUCCCCAGACACCAGAAAUCACCGCUCGGCGACCAUCUCGGGGACGGGCUCGCUUGCCAAACGGAACCUGGCAGUGAACUUGCUGUUUCCUCCACUGAAUGACACGCUGGCCGCGUAUCAACAGUACCACCAGCAAGUGCAACUCAUGCGUCCUGCCUCGAGCUGCGCGCUCAGUGGCGUUCCCGCUGCUGGAGUUCUUGGGUUUGUGCCGCCAACGAGCAAGUGGCUCGAACUCUUUGCCCGGUGUGAGCGCGAUCUAGAGCUGCCCAUCCCGCUCGUCGCCACGUCCUUGUCCUCGCCACUGGCCAGCUUCUUUGGCUCCACCGCCACGUUUGUGGAUGCUGCGUACUCGCUUGGAAGUGGCGCCAACGCUCGGGGUGGCACUGGCUCCCUUUUGGCCGUGGCUGUGAACGCCCUCCUCAACCACCCAUUUGUCGCCGUUUCCGUGUUGCAGCCUCAAGAAACGAGCCUUCGCAUGUUGGCGGCCACGACGGUGCGCGAGCCGAUUCACCGUCAAUCUUCUGUACAAAUCCCGGCAUCCACUGCCGGCGAAGACAUUGACCGCACGAACGGCGUGAUUCAGCAGUCCUUGGCAACGCUCCGUAGCGCGCUGGCCACCCCAGCGCUUCGCCUCGAAGCGGUGCUCCAGGCGUUUACGGCUGUGGAUGACUUGCUCGCGAAAGAGGUGCAUCCUAUUGCACAGCUCGUACGCGACAUGGCCGAUGCCUUCCAGCAGUCCUACGUCGGGUAUGCGACGCAGCUCCGACUGCUUCCGUGCGCCCUCGAGGAGAUCCGGUCGAUUUUGCAACGUACUGAGCAGUUGGUGUGCGCGCAGCUGUCCAUGCUCAACCUGCUCGCCCAAGACUUGGCCGUGUACGAAGAAUCCAACAAUUUCGCCAACGGCCAAGCUUCAGGGCCUCUCUUUGAAGGUCUGUUCACCUCGGACAACUUCUCCUCGCCGCCUGCGGAUGCGUUGGUUGUCCGCGAUAUUGUCGAGUCUGUAGCCAGCGCGAUGCGGGGCUCUCGUAGCGCGACGGCGUCGACUUCCGUGGCAGCAUCUGAAAUUCCGUCCAUCCAGGAAACCGCCUCGGCGUGCUUUGCCGUGGAAUACGGCCUUCCACCACCCUCGAAUGUUGGUCGAUACUUGGUCGAUCGGCACGUGUUUAUCAAAGUCCAGUCCCUGCUGUUGACUCUGUACGCGCUCGUGUUCAAGGCCGACGACGAAAAGUACUGGGCAAACUUGCGUGUGUUGGAUGCGAAACCGGAUGCCGAGCUGAUGGCGCACUUGGGCAUUCCCGAGCAUUUCCGGCUUGUGCAUGGCUCUGCUCAGUCAAAAUCCGAGCAAAGGCUCUCUGGCAGCUUUGUCAGCGAAACAAGACUGGCGUCGCGAGCUCUGGUGCUUCCCAACGCGUCCAAUCCUCCAGCGCCUACCACAUCCUCCUCAACCGCCUUCAACACACCUGCCAACCUGAAUGAGGAAGUCUUGAACGUGCCCCAAGACCUUGUGUCUCCAACUUCCCCAGAAAUCCACACUGGCCUGUUUGAUCAGGCCGACUUGGCCAAGGCCGAGGCCGAGCGUGCAGCCCAGACGAUCGGCUACCACCGCGCGAUCGCCACGCUUUCCCAGAUUUCGCAGCUCCACGCACCAGCGGAUAAGAUGCGCUGCGUGCAAUCUACAUUCCGGCUGUGUACCAAGGCUGUCCAAGCGUUUUCGAUGGGUCGCGAGCGCCUCGUGUCGAUGGAUGACAUUCUUCCAGUUUUCUUGUUUGUGGUGGUCCGUGCCCGGAUUUUGCAACUGGGUGCCGAGCUGCAACUGAUUGAAGAUUUUAUUGGAGAGGACGUGCGCUUUGGAGAGAAAGGCCUCAUGUUUGUCACUUUGAGAGCUGCCUACGAGCACCUCAAGAACGAAAGUGGGGUCUAG